CUAACAACAAACAAGAAAUAGAAAAUUUUUUACUCAAAGUCAACACAUACAUCCUUUGCAAUCACCAUGUCAAUCGCUUUCGCUUCCACCCAUGGGUGUACCAAGGCCGAAAAGACUGCUAUUGUGGCCAUGCUUAUCCUCGGUAUGGGUACUUUGGUGUUUGGAAACGACGUCGCCGGGACCGAGGUCGGCUCAUCUACUCUUGCCCAACCAAGGACCGCGUUCUUGGAUGAGGCAAUGAUUGAUGUGCAACCAUCUCGGAGAUUGCGGAACACAUAUUUUGACAACGGUAGUAGCGUGGGUCAUAGACGUCUUCAAGGUACUUUUGGUAUGAAUACUGGUGUAAACGGAAAAGGUAACGAGAGCGGGAAGAGUGGAAAGGGGGGUAGCAGCAAGAGCUCAAAGAGCUCCAAGAAAUCUGAAGGUCCAAGCAUGUCGCCGUCAGUCUCUCCUGCCCCUACCAUCUCCGCUCAACCCUCCUCAGUACCAUCACUAUCUUCUCAGCCUUCGUCUACCCCAUCUGAAGAUCCCACUGACAUGCCCUCGGAAGUGCCGUCAGACGCUCCAAGCGAAGAUCCUUCUAGUGUUCCUUCGUCAGUACCUACAGUGUCAAACGCUCCCUCUAUGUCUUCUGCACCUUCUUCGAUUCCUACCGUUUCGUCGGCUCCUUCUUUUUGUAUCAGCGUGAAAGGCAAAGGAAAGGGCUCGAAGAACUGGAAAGGAGGAGAAUCCAAGAGUAGCAAAAGCUAUAAGGAUUGCUUUGAAGGAAACGGUUUUACACCUUCUCCGACAAGUGGGAAAGGCGGGAAAGGGGGUAGUAGUAAGAAGAGCAUCUAA